AUGGUCACUACGGGGCGCUGCAAUAGCGAGGAACAUCCUGAAAAUUCAAAUGGAAAUGCAAAUUUAGAAAGAAGGUUAGAUAUUUCUUUGUCAUGGCGUUUUACGGAUAUUUCUAAAGUAUUCUAAUUCAUUUUUUACGCUCCUUUUGAAUCCACUUUUGAAGCAAUAGAUUAUUUAAUUGAAAAACAUGGUUGCUGGACCUACUGAGCAUGGCAUACAAGCCGAUGUUAUAUUUGUUAUUGAAGAAACAGCUGUAAAUGGAGCAUAUCUGAAUGAUCUCAAAACAAAUUAUUUAAUACCCACAUUAGAGUAUUUUAGUCAAGGUGGCAUAGAAGAUAGAGAAUAUGUCGCAGAGAAUAGUACUACACUUUAUGGGAUAGUAUUAUAUCAUGCUGCCGAUUGUUUGCCGGCAUCUUGUACAGAAACUCUUGGGCCUUAUGUGAAUCCUCAUAAAUUACUACUUGUUCUGGAUAAACUUGAAAUGGUCGGUGGAAAAGGAGAAUCACAUGCAAACAUUGGAGAAGGUCUUGCUACCGCAUUGCAAUGCUUUGAAGAUUUAUUGUUAAGACGAGAACCAAGUAGUGCAACACAGAAACAUUGUAUUUUAAUCUGCAAUUCACCUCCAUAUCAAACAGUGAUUCAAGAAUCUUAUAAAUUUGCCGGUCAUACCGUAGAACAAGUAGCUGCCCUUUUCCAAGAGAGAAACAUCAAUUUAUCCGUAUUGUCUCCACGAAAAAUACCAGCGUUAUUUAAACUAUUUGAAAAGGCAGGAGGUGAUCUGCAAUCAUCUCAAACAAAGAAUUAUGCUAAGGAUCCACGACAUCUAGUACUUUUACGUAAUUAUAAUUUAAAAGAAAGACCUGUGAGUCCAUCAAUUGGAGGGACAGUCCAUACUGCGGUACCAAAUACAGCACAAAUUCCUCUCAGUCCAUUACAAAGCAAUGAUAGUCCAAAUCCAAACCAAGUUCAACAAAGUAUUGCACCAACGCCACAAUCACAGGCUACUACGUUCAGAAAUCAAACACCUCAAAAUAUUUCUUCGGUUCAUCAGUCGGUCCCACAAAAUAUGGCUGCCCCUAUGAGUGCUACACGUCCGCCCUAUAAUCCUCAAAUAUCUGCCCCGCCGAAUUAUCAUCCAGGAGCUGUGGGUGCAAGAGCUACGCAUUCGAGGUGGAUGAGACCAUUCAUACCACCGAGUGCUAAUGCUCCCACCAAUGCACAGAGUAGCGCCUUAAUUGCUCAAUUAACACAACCACCCUCAUCAUUAGGGCUUAAUGUAUCUCCGUAUGGUCAAAGAAUGGAUGUAGUUAACAGUAAUAUCAUGGCAGCAAAUGCUCAGCAACAGCAACAGCAGAUAAACCAACAACAGCAGCAACAAUUACGAUUGACCAUGCAACUGCAACAACAGCAACAGCAGCAACAACAAGCGUCCUUGUCAAUUUCAAAUCAGCCGGCGCACAGUCAAGCAACACCACAACUCACAGCAUCGUGUGUAAGUCCAUCUGUGCCUACUCAAGUUCCACCGACAGUAACUGCAUCUCAAGCCCCAGUUCCAGUAUGUUCUGUAACUCCACUAGCUACUCAUCCUCAAGCACAGACUAAUGGAGGUGGUGGAAAUGUUUCAAAUCAACAGAUCGCAACUGCAAGAGAACGACAUACUAUUUGGCAAGGUGUUGUGGAAUGGAUUGAAAAAACUAAAAAUCCUGCCGAUGCACAGAAGCAAACGAGGCAUGUUCCUUGUCAAGUUUCUGCCAAUUCAAAAGAUGGAGAUCCAGAAUUGAAAGCAGAUACAUGGCCGCAAAAGUUAAUAAUGCAACUGAUGCCAAAGCAAUUAAUAGGAAAUAUUGGUGGAUCCUAUUUAAAGAAUUCCAAAUCUGUUCUUUUUCAUCCAACACCAUGCGAAGCUUUAGAAUCAUUAACAAAUAUGAUGACUUCUGGAUUUGCAGGCUGUGUCCAUUUUACAUCUGUACCACCUAGUUCAGCAUGUGAAAUAAAAGUGCUUAUACUUCUCUAUACGGCAGAAAAACGAACAUAUUUGGGCUUCAUUCCUAAUGAUCAAACAGCUUUCGUAGAUCGUCUCCGUAAAGUGAUACAACAACAAAAAACUUCCCAAGGUCCAAUGAGACAAGGUCAAACUGGUACUGCUGCUGGAAAUGCUUUACCUGGUACCAUACCUAACACAGGAAUAUCACAAGGAGGAAUUUUAAUGUCUCAAACAAACACCAUGACAAUGGGUGGAGGACAGAUAACACAAAAUGUCGUUUCUGCGAAUACACCUCAGCAGACUUUGCAAACUCCUACAGCUCAACAAAAUCAGUUAACUUUACAGAGCGGAGGAAUAGCUGCAUCACAAGUCAGUGGUAAUGCAGGAGGUAUUAUUGGUCAGCAAAGACCACCUUUCGAUGAUUUGGAGAUAGCAAGGCAUCAGAAUUUAUUAAAAAUCCAACAGUUACGUCAAACGCUAGAGGCUGCACAACAGCAAGAAGCACAAUACAAAUCACAACUGGAAGUUAAUAUACAACAAAAUUUAGAAGUAGCGCAACAACAGGAAAUGCAAUAUAAACAGCAACUCGAAGCUCAACAGGCACAACGCGGUAUUGCUCCUGCUGCCAUGGCAAAUCAAGCAUCUAAUGCUCAAAGAAUGAUGCGUCCUGUCUCAACGAACAGUCUUGGCUUGCGGCAUUUGUUACAACAGCAACAACCUCAGUACAGACAACAAAUACUUGGAAUACAACAACAAAUGGUCAGUCCAAGAGGACAAAUGACAACACGUCCUAUGGCACCUAAUAAUACACAAAAUCAACAAUUCGAUGAUGUAUCUAAUUAUGAUUUUCUCGGUUAA